GACAGAAGAUGAGUUAUUUGUUGUGAUAUAAGUAAUAUUGUUAUUUCAGUAAAAAUUUGGUAAUUUUUGAUGAUAACUUUUUUAAAGAACGUUGUCUCAUCUGGGGCAAAUAAGCGAUUACUAAUAGAGCAUUAUUAUCUCAUGUUAGUGUAUUUAAAUACGUAACCAGGAUUUAGUAUGAGUUUAGUUUAAGUUUUUACUAAACAUUUCAAGUGCUAAUAUGUUGGUCCAAAAAUCAUCAGUUGAUCAAGAAAAACCCUUUGCCUGUGACGUUAAGGGAUGCGAAAUGACUUUCACUAACAAAGAUCACUUAGAUUGGCAUCAUAAAAAGCAUGCAAUGAUGCUAAAUUUGGGAUUAGUCAACAAAAAUACUGUUAAUGAAGUAGCAGACCAAACUCCCACUCCAACUAGGUUUAUAAGAAAUUGUGAGGAAGUGGGCUUAUUUCAAGACUUACAAAAUGUUAAUCCAUUUGAUGAGCUUUUUAAAAGAGCAAUUGAUUCUGUUAAAAAUGGUAUUGCAUUGGAAGUUCAGGAACAUAAUUCUAAUGAAUCUUUACAUACCCCACACAUUUUACCUCAUAUUAAAGAAGAACAACGAAAAAUAUCAGAAGCAGCUCCAAAAAAUGAAAGUGACUGUGAAUCAUUCAUUUUUCCUACUGCCAAUGAAGAUACUUCAUCUAGUUCACCAAAUAUUGUAGUGCAUAAUCCCCAUGAAGAGAAUUUAAAAGAAAAAAUUAAGAAAACAAUUCAAAAUAAUUUAAAAAAGGAAAAGUUAGUAGAUGAAGAUAAUAAAUUUGUGACAGUUGUGCCUUUGAAAUCUUUGUCAAGUAAAGAUAGGAUUCAAAAAGAAACCAAAGCUGAAGAUAACAAGCUAAAAAAAAUUAGGGAGAUGAAUAAAGCUGCUCAAAAUAGGUGUCGUAAGAGAAAACAACAACUUUGGAAGGAAAUGGAAGCAGAGCUUUUACAUUUAACAGCAGAAAAUGCUGUUUUAAAGCAAGAAUUAAAACUGCUUAAAUUGCAGCACAGUAAAUGUCCCAAUCAAGGUGGAAUACUGGCAUCAAUAAUUACAACGGAGUGUUCACAAGCAUCCACAACUCCAACAUUAAAUACUACAACAGCAGCAACAACAAAUGGAUCACAAUCAGCUAUUCUCAUUCAAUAUGUUCAUAAUGGUCAAUUAUCUUUUGUACCAUCAGACUCUAUAUCGCAACCAAUUUUAAGUCCAGUUAUACUUACUAAUACUUCUGUGAUAAAAAAAGAUUCAAAGAGCACUUUGAGAAAAAUUGUUCCCAAAAAACCAUCGUGAUUAUACAUUGGAUUGUACACAAAUGUUUCUGUAUAAACGAAGAAUGUGGCAUGGAGUUUUUAUAUCAUAUACGAGUAGUAUCAAACAACUUUGUGUGACAUAUAUGAUAUUGUCUCUAUUAAACUUCUAGAUUUCUGUAGCUUGUAGAAAUAUUUAUGUUUAAUGUAAAUAAAAAAUGUUUUAGAUU